CCGCUCAAUCCGGAGGCUGCAGGUCAGAUCAGGAGAGAAAAAAACACACCAGAAGACCAGAGAGGCAAGGGCGGAAUCUUCUCCAUGACUGUAAGGUAUAAUUAGAGACACUUUCACAGCAUCUGUUACAAUAUGCACGCUCCUCUCGCUCGUGCUAUGACGGAGAUGUUUUUGCUGGCAUCGCUCGCGCUCCUCAGCCGCGUGCCUUCCAUCGGCUCUUUCUCUGAUGGCGAGUACAUCUGGAGCUCGGGAAGCUCUGGCCAGGGCAACUGCGUAGAAAUCCCAGAGGACCUGCGGCUGUGCUACGGCGUCGGCUACAGGCACAUGCUGCUGCCCAACCUGCUGGAGCACGACAGCAUGGCCGAGGUGAAGCAGCAGGCGAGCAGCUGGGUGCCGCUCGUGCACAGGAGGUGUCACCCGGGCACGCAGGUUUUCCUGUGCUCGCUCUUUUCACCGGUGUGUACGGAUCCACUGGUUCGUCCUUGCCAGCUGUUUUGUGAGUCUGUACGUGACGCCUGCAGCCCCAUCAUGAAGGCGUUCGGCUUUGUCUGGCCAGAAAUGCUUAACUGCAGCAGGUUUCCACUCGAAAAUGACAUGUGCAUCUCUAAGAACGCCACGGCAUCUCUUGAAGAGUCCGAACACAUGCCUGCAUGUCCACCGUGUGAGGUCAAGAUGAACGCAGAUGGCAUUCUGGAGAACAUGUGCGCCAGUGAGUUCGCGAUCACAGCAAAAAUAAAGAAAACAAAAAUCAAGAAUGCAGAUAAGAUGGUGAUACUACAGAAGAAGAAGAAAGUAGUGUGGGAUGGAGGUCUGAAAAAUGAGCAACUGAAGAAGCUGGUGUUGUAUCUAAAAAACGGAACUCACUGUCCCUGUCAACAACUGGACAAUACGAGCGAUCAAUAUCUGAUCAUGGGACGCAGAGUCGGGAAACACUACUUACUGACUGGCAUCCACCAGUGGGACAAAGAGAACGGAGAGUUCAGGAAACUUUUGACCCAAAUCAAAACCUACAAAUGUCCUGCUCUCGAUUCCACGUUUAAAAUAACUAAACCCACAAAAAGCGACGAGCACGAUAACCCUCCUGGAGUGCUCACGCCUUAGCGAUUUUAUGCCUCACUCACCCAGGUCAUCUUUUUAAAAUGGAUAGUAUCGGAAAUCCCCAAUAGGGGUGGGUGAUAUGAGAUCAUAUUAUCAUCAUAUUAUAAACAAAUGUAAACAAACUGCCUGCAUAGCAUGAAAAACUGAAUUUGAUGAUACUUAUAUUUAACAUCCGCAAAACUAAAAAGUAGGACCAUUUAAAAAAAAAAAAAAAAAGAAAGAAAAAAAGUUGGACAUAACAUUUUACAGUUUUAUAGAUUCAGUCCAGAAAAAGAAAAGAAAUGAAAUUGUUAUUUUAUAAACAGUUAAACAUUACUGCAACACCUGUGAUAUAUCGGAAAAGUAUAUCACCCAGCCCUAAUCCACAAUCCUUUCUUCACCUCAGUUACCAAUCUAAACCUUUUUUUACUUAUAUAUAUAUAUAUAUAUACAUAUAUAUACAUAUAUACAUAUACAUAUACAUAUAUA